GCUCUCCUUUCAGUGCUAAAUGCAACUGAUAUCCUCGGCGCUGGACAAUACCAGAUGAGCCAUUUGUGGUUAGUCACAUGUGUUAGCAGCAUCGCGAAACAGAAACUUGUCGACAAAGGCGAGUUGCUGGUGAAAGGCCUCAAGUGCCUGGUCAUAGACCCGGAAUGCAAGAAUAUCAAGAUGAAGCUUCUUUGGCUUCCCCCACACCUCGAACAGAGACGGAUUGUUGAAGCGCUAGAGCCAUAUGGCACAGUGCAGUCCAUCACGAGAGAAAUGUGGCGGUGUGACGGCAUGGAGGGCUGGCAAAUGACCAACCGAGACGUGGCGUUCACAUUGAAAGAUGGGGUUUCUGCCAGUAAUCUGCCACAUCUAUUGAGCAUAUAUGGCCACCAGUGCCUUAUCUUGAUUCCUGGCCGACCACCACUUUGCCUCCGGUGCAACAGAGUUGGGCAUAUCCAGCGACACUGUAGAACACCGCGCUGCAGUAAUUGUCACCGCUAUGGUCACCCUGCAGAUGCAUGCAUCGGAACCUACGCUGACAAACUUCGUGGAAAUAGACCAGCCGAGGAUGAUGCCAUCACCGAUCAUCUAAUGGACGUGAGCGAAGUUGUGGACGCAACUGGCGAAACACUCCCUGACACUCAUCGACCAGAAUAGGUUAAGCCGUCAUCGGCUGACAUUAGCCUUAGCCAGAAGCCUGCGAGCGAGGA